GAAUCUCUCUCUCUCUCACUCACACACAAACACACACACGCGCACACACAUUUCUUGGUUUUAGUUUUAUGCCUACUAACUACAUUAGACUAUAUAUCACCAUACAUUAUUCUGGGUUGGUCUUCUUUUCGUUCUUGGGACUAUCUCUCACCUUCUCCCAUUACUAUAUUCCUCCCCACAUUACAAAAUCCCAUACCAUUUUAUUUAUGUAUCUGUUUAUUUAUUCAUAUAAUUUACACCCAUUGGGAAAGAGACCAAGACUUGUUCUUUUUCUCUCUUGAGGAGUAAUUUCUCUCCUCUCCUUUGAAGCAAAGUUGCGUCAGAACUUUUUCUCUUUUUCUUUUAUCUUUAUUGCUUUUUGGUUUCUGGGUUUCUGUGCGUUCACGUUUCGAGAUCCAUUGUUAUAAUCAAAAUGGGUUUUGCAAGAAUUGGUUUCAGCAAUUCCAUAGAGCCUCUGAAUACCUCAUUUCCCUCAAAAGCUGAAAUUUUGGGCACUACUGAGGAUCGUGAUUAUGAUGAAACUGAUGAUGCCGAGGUAAAAUUCAAGUCUUUUCUGUACAAAAUGAUCUGGGAUUUUGGUUUAGCUUGUCUGGUUUCACCUCGACGGCGCCGGAACUCCGGCGAGGAACAGAUGGUUGAGGGAAAUUGUGGUGGAAACAUUUUAGAGCACAACAAGGCUUGGUUGCUGGCGGAGUCUGGUGGAUGCGGUGCAGAGGAACCUCACUCAGUGCACUCGUCUUUUAGGUUCAGUUUCUGCUCUCAGGUGGAACUUGAAUCGAUGAACGUAAACAACAGCUGUUCUUCCACCACUGUUUUAAUGGUGAAUUUGGAUAAUGGAUUGCUGUCUGAUUCCAAGUCCAGAGAGUUGAAAUGGAGAAGAAUUGAGUCCUUGGAAAGGAGUAUCUCUCCAGUGGUUCACUCCUUGAUUAGAUUCAGCUAUUCAGAAAUUCUCUCUGCCACUAGAUGUUUUUCAAAAGGUAGAGUCUUGGGGAGAGGGGCUUUGAGUUGUGUCUUUAGAGGAAGAGUGGGAUUUCUGAGAACUGCAGUGGCAAUUAAGCGAUUGGACAAGGAAGACAAGGAGUGUUCAAAGGCAUUUUGUAGGGAAUUGAUGAUUGCUAGUAGUUUACAUAACCAAUACAUUGUUCCUCUUGUGGGAUUUUGUAUUGAUGCUGAGGAAGGCUUAUUUUUAGUCUACAAGUAUGUUUCCGGUGGAAGCUUAGAGCGAUAUUUGCACGAGAAGAAGACGGGUGUGAAGGGUCGUCCUGCACUUCCAUGGUCCGCUAGGUAUAAGGUCGCCGUGGGGAUUGCAGAGGCAGUUGGGUAUUUACACAACGGAACUGAAAGAUGCAUUGUUCACAGGGACAUUAAGCCCUCCAACAUCCUUAUUUCUUCCAAGAAGUCACCCAAGUUAUGUGACUUUGGAUUGGCGACAUGGACUCUAGCACCUUCAGUGCCAUUCCUUUGCAAGACUGUCAAAGGCACAUUUGGGUACCUGGCUCCUGAAUAUUUCCAGCACGGAAAAGUGUCCGAUAAAACCGAUGUUUAUGCAUUAGGCGUUGUCCUCUUGGAACUAAUAACUGGCCGGAAGCCAAUUGAGUCGAAAAGAGGACCAGGAGAAGAAAAUUUAGUUUUGUGGGCAAAACCAUUACUCCAGCAAGGAGCUGUUGAAAAAUUGCUUGAUCCACAGCUCAAAUUCACCGAAAAGAACUCGAAUCAGAUUGCUCGUAUGGUUCAAGCAGCAAGCGCUUGCGUUAACAGUGAAGAAUCACGUAGGCCUAACAUGGACGAGAUCAUUGCAAUACUGAGAGGAAAAGAUCCCAGUUGCUUAAGCCGAAACAAGGCUAUUUUGCCCGGUAACAGUAUUGAUUCUUGCCCUCAGUUACAUCGUUCGAGAAGUGAAAUGAAGAGUCACUUCGCAUUGGCCAUGCUAGGAGUCGAAUUUGAGGAUGACGAUCACAUUCACUGCCGGUGAAACACUUGUAUGUUUUCAACUUCUUUGGAUAUUGAAAGUAGGGAGUUUUAGGCUUAGAACCAACCAGUUAGAACUUGUAUAUAGAAUUAGUAGCCUCAUGACUGUUUUGUUUGUAUAGAUCUGCAUCUUCUUGGUUGUGCUCCCCGAGGGAGACUGGGAUGGCAUGAUUUCUUUAACCGAAGUGGCAGAUACAAUAAUUUGAGAAAUUAGUUUGACAAUUCUGAGCUGGGAGGUAUAUACCAUUUUUUAUGGUGGC